UUAGAAAUGGCUAGUGGAAAAAGUUGGACAACAGGGGAUACAUUCUCGUCAGCCUGCUCAUUGUAGGACCUCGGAGUCCCUCGAGCACGUUGUGCACGUCGCAGCCCCCACCGGCGGUGGGCUCAGACUGCGGGCCUGUCGUGCUGUUUGGGGUCUGGAAACAGGCUGUCCUGGGGCAGCACCUGCUUACCGCCCGAGGUGGUGUCCGAGUGCGGGGCGCAGUGGACGCCCUGAUGCCCGACUGUGUGUGUGUAUGGGCGGAGGUGUGCGUGCACCCCGGUCCCGAGGGCUCCGCUUCUCCGUGGUUUCGGGGCGCGUCCCGGGUGACAGAAGGCGCCUGGGGGCUUGUGGGCUGCGGGGGACUCCGAGGCGCCCUGUGGAUCCAGGUUAGGAAACGAACGCUCUAGCCGAAACCAACUUCUCCAGCCAGGACAAGUCUGAGCUGCGUACGAGAGAGAUGCACCCGGAUGGCGCCUCGACCCGACCCCAGCGGAACGCGCGCGACCCUCGAGAAGGAAAGGAAACGAUGACCCCGAGCGCCGGCUCGCAUCUCGCCCCCACGGGCCGCGAACAUGUACAGACGCCCACAAGCCAGGCCCAACGGCGUUCGCGCCGACGGCAAGCGGGAGCCGGGAUGUACGCGCGUCGUAACACGCAUCCGCAAUGCCCGCCCCUCCAAGAGUCCGAGGGCUGUUCCCCAAGAAACACGAGUCAGCGUCCCUGCCGGGAGCGAGGCAUGUCGUGCGUCACGGCGCAUAUUCUCCACGCAGCCCCGCCCCGCCGCGCGCUGUUGCCAGGGAGACGACGUCGGUCGCGGCCAUGGAGCCGAGAGUUGUGAAGCCUCCGGGGCAAGAUCUGGUGGUGGAGCGCCUCAAAAGCCGCUACGGCCUGGCGGGCGGCUGCCUCAGCGAGCCGGGGCGCCGGCGGCAGGACGUGGCGGAGCGGCGGCGGCGGCCUCCCCGCACCCCAGAGGAUUUGGACAUCUUCUGCUGCGGAGAUAAAGUCGGUCCGUCGCUGAGAUGUUUCUCUGACGAGAGAAGGCGGCGCUCCACGUCCCCCCGCGGUGUCCUCACGGUGAACUGGCAAGAUGAUGAACUGGAUUCUUUUCACGAUUUGAAAGAACCAGAAACAGAAGAAGAGUUCACCGGCAAUGAUUCUAGAGUUAGUACUUCCAAAAUAAACAGGCAGUCCUUUAAAGAGACAGACAAAGCCGAUGCCUGGCCAGCGAACGUGGCCUCACUUUCAAAGAGCUGGGCUGACUAUUGUAGUGAUGGCAGCGACUCCCCUUCCAAGCACAUUGGCUCGCCUGCAUCCAGGGCCCCACGGAAGCCAGGCCUGCUGCCCCGUCAGGUCAGCCAGAUCUACGACGAGCUGCUCCAGAUUCACCAGAAGCUGCAGUGUGAGACUGCAGCCCAGCAGGAAUUCGCUGAGGAGCUUCAGAAGCGAGAACGUUUUCUGGUCGAGAGGGAAGAGCUGCUCUUCAGACAUGAAGGUGCCUUGAGUGAAGUGAAAGACGUCAGAGAAGAGGUCCUCAUGAGGUUCCAGAUCAUGAAGGAGCAACAUGAUGCAGAAGUUGAGCACUUAACUGAAGUUCUUAAAGAGAGAAAUAAGGAAAGCAAAAGGCUGAGGUCUUCCUUUGAUGCAUUGAAAGGAUUGAAUGAUAGCUUAAAGAAACAGUUGAAUGAAGUGAGUGAAGAAAACAGGAAGUUGGAGGUUCAGGCCAAAAGAGUUCAAGCUCGCUUAGACAAUUUACAGAGGAAGUAUGAGUUCAUGACAAUACAGAGACUGAAAGGCAAUCCCCAGGCCGCUCAUGAAGCAAAAAGUUUAAAGCAGGAAAAAGUACCAUCUUCAAAACCUUGUAAGGUAUCACUUAAUGGACAAGUUUAUGAACUUGUAACUGUCUUCAUGGACUGGAUAUCAGAUCAUCACCUUAGCAAAUUGAAAAAUGAGGAAUCUGGAAUGGAUGGUGAAAAACCACUCCCCACAUUUGCUUCUCAGAGAAGUGAUAUUCAGGAGAAGUGUGUGAAGCUUUUGCCUCUGAUGACAGAGCAGCUGCAGUGGUUGCCCUUUGUGAAUGCCAGGCUUCACGAGCCUUUCGUGAAGUUUAUCUACUGGUCUUUAAGGCAGCUCGAUGCCGGGACUCAGCACUCGACCAUGACAGCCACACUGAGGAGGUUGGGUGAAGACAUAUUCAGAGGAGUGGUGACGAAGGGUGUUCAGGACGUGGCCUUAGAGCACUCAGUGGAGAGUCGACCGAGGACAGCUGCCUUCUUCAAGAGCACCAGCUUGCCCCUGAGAUUCGUGUCCACUUUAAUCGUCCUCAAAACAGUCACUCAAGCUGACUUUCUGGCGCAGGCGUUUGACUCGCUGUGUCUGGACCUGCAGGCAGACGAGGGGAAGAGCCUGUUCCUGCAGCUGCAGGCAGUGCCGGUGGUGCUGAGCCACCUGAAGCUCUCCAGCCGGGGGCUGCUGCCCAGCGUGAUGGACAGCCUGCUGCAGAUGACCGUGGAAUCCAGUGCCCUGCAGCCCUUCCUGGAGGCCUGCAGCUGCUCGCUCUUCUUCCGGACCUGUUCCGUGCUGCUCCGGGCCCCGAAGCUCGACCUCCAUGUCCUAGAGAAGCUCAGUAUCAUCCUGCAGAAACUUUCCAAGAUCAAGAGUAAUAAGAAGCUCUUUGAACUCUUCACAAUCCACCUGAUGCUUCAGGAGAUACAGAGGACGACGCACCCAGAGCACGCCUUUCUCUGCAUCAACCUCAACUCCACUCUGUUCAAUUUGGGUCUAACGAAGUGCAACUCCCUGGCCACCAGCACAAACCCUUAGACUGGUCGUUACUGUUUACAGAUACUGCAUGCGUGCUGCUGCUUGUCAGAUUGUAAAAAUCAGCAAAGUAACUAAAAGUCUACCGAGUAAAGUUACAUAUGAGUAGCAUCAUUUAUCAUGAAAAAUAGAAAAAAAAAUGUUAAAAAAAAAUUUUUUUUAAGUUUUUUAAAACUUUUAAAAUGAAACCCAUGGAAGCUGCAGCAAAUUUGGACUUUUUCCAUUUGGCUCAGGUGGUACUCAUGUACACAAUGGAAUUUUCAAGGCAAAUGACACUGGGGCUACUCUUUGUAAAAAUGUUUUGGGAAAAUUCUUAAAAUUAUGUGAUUAUUUGGAAUAAAAUUGGUGUUUGUGUGGGAACACAGUUA